AUGGUUAAUAAGGUAAUUAAACUAUUGAUCGAAGUGUAUCCGGCGUCUGUUUCGUUGGAUCCAGUGAGUUGUCAUGAUGCAAGAGUAUGGAGGAAGCAGAUGAUAGAUGCAAUGCCAUCCAUGUGUUUGUAUCACAAGAGUGGCUUGCUGUAUUUCACGGUGGAUACCACGGUAGAGGAAACGUUUAUGGACCAUGAUAUGGAGCAUUGGAUGCAUUUCACGGAAUUUGCCAGUGUCAGGGAUGGAACUUGUGGAACGAAACAUCCAGUUGCAUCCGAUGAAUACAAAAUCAGGGACGCCGGAGGCAUGUCAAGCUUUGAACUGGAUCCGAAGGACAUGUUUGGUUAUAUGGAGGGUGAAGAGGUUGAUAUGGACGAUGCUGAAUUGAGUGAUGAAGAUGAGGAAGAUUGUAGUGACUCUUCUUAUGUUGAAGAAUUGAUCUGCCUAUCACCUUAA